AGAUGUGCUCGACCAGCUGGCGUUAUCAGAAUAUACCUGUCCAGGGGGAGAUGUUGUGCUGUGGAAGCUGCUGGACGAGAGCUAUGACGAGACCUCCUGCGAGCAGUUCGAGCGUGCGGAACGUGAGUUGCAAAGCUAUCGCCGCCUGCCAGGCCAGUCGAUAGCUAGCUAUGUGGCCGGGAUGAAGCGGCUGAAGGCCCAAUAUGUCAGGGUGGACCCCGAGACGUUCGCGCUCGACGACCCCCUCGGCACGAUCCACGGCACCGUCCUCGACCUCCUCUUCCCCUACCAAGCGGUCGAGCUCUACUACUUCCCGAACCCCGUGCAUGUGGCGGGGGCCGAGCUGGAGGAUAUAGAGGAGGAAGAGGACCUGGACAAGAUGGUCAUCGAGGGUGAGCUUGCUGAGCCCGACCCGGACACGGAGGUGCCCGAGGAAGAGCUUGACUACGAGGAGGAGGGCCACCCCUUUGACGAUGAGGCCGCCUCCCAGGAGGGCACCGUGGAUGGCGAGACGGCGUUGGAGGCUUUUGCGGCCGGCUGGAAGGCGAAAGGAAAGCAAGCAGCCCAGCGGAAGGCACGUGGAUGGAGCAAGCCCGGUUCUUCAUCGACUUCCUCCCUUUCGCGGUCCCUUGCUGACAAGAAGCGCUCCUCUACCUGUGCGAGCUGUGGAAAGACUGGGCACUGGAGAGGCGACACGUGCUGUCCCAACGUUUUGUCUGGAAGGGACCCGCCACACCAGCCGGCAGCCCAACGCAAAUCAGACUCCGGCCGGGACGUGAACUUCGUGAAUUUCACCUUCGUGGCCGGUUCGCCUGGACCCCCAGCACCUCAGAGCAAGCGCGAAUGGCAGGUGGUUGGUGGCGAGGGCGAGGACGAGCUCUAUAUCCAGACUCCCGGCGCACAG